GUAAUAUCCCAUCGACAUGGAGCGAGAUGCUCACGAUUGUUCCAUUAGUGAAGGAAUUCAAGAAAGACUGCUGGGAAGCCAGGAUUGUUGAACAAAUGCAAAACCGAAUCAAACUGUGUGUUUAUUCUCAGUCAACAGCUUCUAUUGGACAAUACAAACUUACUAUCGUAACCAAUUGCCCAGGAGGAAAGGUCACUUCAACUGAUUAUGAUAUUUACAUGCUGUUCAACCCCUGGUGUAAAUAUGACGGUGUGUACCUGAGUGAUGAGGCGGAGAGAGUUGAGUAUGUGCUGAAUGACAUGGGCAGAAUCUACUAUGGAACUAAACAUCAGAUUGGCUCCAGAACAUGGAACUUUGGUCAAUUUGAUGAAGGAGUCUUGGCUGCGUGCUUCUUUGUGUUGGAGAAGAGUGGUGGGCCUUGCUCAGGAUGGGGAGACCCUGUUAAUGUGGUCAGAGUGAUAUCUGCAUUUAUUAAUGCCAGUGACAACAGUGGUGUGAUGAUGGGUAGCUGGUCAAGUACCUACAAUGACGGAACUUCUCCUACUGCUUGGUGUGGCAGCAGUGCCGUCCUGACACAGUACCACAAAAGUGGAGGAGAACCUGUCAGAUAUGGUCAGUGCUGGGUCUUUGCUGGAGUCACCAACACAAUUUUGAGAUGUUUGGGCAUUCCUACUCGUCCAGUCUCAAACUUCAAUUCUGCUCAUGAUACUGAUGUUUCAUUGACAGCUGAUGUUUAUUUUGAUGAGAAAUUUGAGCCGAUUGAGCAUCUAAACCGUUAUUCAGUCUGGAACUACCAUGUGUGGAAUGAGGCCUGGAUGACUCGGCCAGACCUGCCAUCUGGUUUCGAAGGUUGGCAGGUGGUUGAUUCCACUCCUCAACUGACCAGCCAGGACAAUCUUCACUGCCCCAUUUCUGUUGCUGCAAUACGAAGCGGGCAGGUUCAGCAUGACGCGCCCUUACUUUUUGCUGGAGUGAACAGCGAUAAAGUCUACUGGCAGCGUGAAGCGAAUGAAGACUUCGCUGUAAUUCAGGUUGAGAAGAACGCAGUAGGUCACUGCAUCAGCACCAAAGCUAUCGGCUCAGAUCAACGUGUAGACAUCACGCACUUUUACAAACACCCAGAAG